GUAAAAGCAAUCUCAUAACAACCAAAGUCAAGCAGCCGCCAGUCAUGGAUUUGAGUCUCACCAGGCAGUCACUUUCCAAAGCCAUUACUACCUUUGCCUUGGAUCUUUACAAUAGGUUAAAUUCCAAUAAACUUUGCAAAAAUGUUUUUUUCUCCCCUGCGAGUAUUUCAACGGCCCUGGGCAUGGUUUUAAUUGGUGCAAGUGGGAAUAGUAAAAUGCAGAUUGAAAAGGUGCUACACCUUGCUCAAACUCCUGGAGAAACAGGACCACUUGAUUCUGAAAGAAGAAUGGUUGAACUUGCGCCAGAAUCUGUGAGACAAGACAUACCUCUUCCAUCAGAAGGAACAAUUUAUUCCGAGUUCAAGCAACUCUUACUUCAGCUGAAUAACCUCAGCCAUGGUUACCAGCUGAAACUGGCCAAUAAUUUGUUCAUGCAGAAAGGAUACCAAUUUCUUCAGCAAUAUCUCACAAGUACUAAGGAAAUCUACAACGCUAUGGUGCAGAUAGUGGAUUUUUUCCUUGCUACCGAAGAAACAAGGAAGACAAUUAACCUUGAAAUUUACAAGCAGACCCAAGGAAACAUUAAGGAACUUUUUGCUCCAGGUGUGAUUGGACCACAAACGGUGCUGGUGCUGGCAAAUGCCAUUUACUUUAAAGCAACUUGGCGACAUCAAUUUGAUCCGAAGUAUACAACUGAAAGAAAUUUUAGGCUGAAUGAGAAUGAGACUAAACCUGUCCAUAUGAUGUAUCAGCAAGGGAGAUUUAAACUGGGACACACAGAUGGAAAAAGUGCUCAGAUCCUCUGCCUACCAUACGUUGAUGAACUUUUGUCCAUGAUUAUAAUAUUACCAAAUGACAUCAGCCAACUGGAGCAGGUGGAGGCUGCCCUGACCUGCAAGAAUUUAGCAAGCUGGCUUUCUCCAGGAAACCUGAGGGAGCAUCCUGUGGAAGUAUAUAUACCUCGCUUCAGGUUAGAAGCCGGCUAUGAUCUCAACCUGACGUUGCAAGGCUUGGGCCUCAUUGAUGUAUUCAGUGAAGCAAAAGCAGACCUCUUGGGAAUGUCCCCUUCCCCCCAACUCUUCUUGUCCACAGUUGUUCACAAAGCUUAUGUAGACAUCAAUGAAGUAGGGACUGAAGCAGCUGCUGCAACAGGUGUCGCAGUCUCCAAUAGGAGCUUAGAACACCAUGAAUUAUUUCUGGCUGACCAUCCCUUCCUCUUCUGCAUUCUGCAUAAUCCUACAGACACGGUUCUUUUCCUUGGGAAACUCUGCUGUCCUUGAAAUUCAAGCGGUAUUAUUUCUUUUCCUUGAGGCUUAUUAAAGUGUACUCCAAACCACAAAUUUCUUUGCAAUAACUUGAUU